UAGUGGCUCCGAUUUGAAGAGGGCGCGAGCGGCUGAUGGCGGCGCGGGGCCCCGGGCUGGGCGUGGCCAUGGCGCUGUGCGCAGGCGCUCUGGGCGCUCUGGCCGCCACUGCUGCGAAACUGACGCUAACGGGCGAUCACCUGAGGCCGGAGAGCAGACAGGAAGCGGCCCCCGGGGAACUGAUACAUGUACUACUCCGAGUGGGCUGUGGUGGUCUGGUAUUCCUCUUUAACGCUUUGAUGUGGACAUUCUUUGCAAAAGCAUUACGGUACUCCUCGUCUUCAGCGAGAGCGUCUCUGACAACCACUGCGUCCAAUUUUCUCUCCUCUGCAUUCCUUGGAAAAUUGCUGUUUGGAGAAGUUCAUGCACUGUUGUGGUGGAUUGGGAUUACAAUGACUUUAUGUGGGCUGCUGUUGCUCCACACAGCUUCAUCUCAGAAGAAUCAAAGUGAAAACUCCCAAAAACACGAAUAAGGGGAAGUAAGAAAUAAAUCACUGAAACGUUACACCACACAAUGAAAGUCUAUUACAGUCUCCCUGUACAUUCAACAAGUCUGCUUUCCUUUGGCUUUUGAUAACUUAGCAUUUCUGUGGUUUGGUCACCUGGAAUGAGCCCAACAAGGGUAAUUACUUUUUGCCAGUGAAAAGAGAUGAAUAAUAAAAUCCUGAUAUAUAAAGCCUUAUAACAUCAUUGAGACACCUGAAAGAGCUUCACAUGACGUACUGUAAAGUGGUGUGACUGUAUUUUGUGGAUGAAACACAGCAGCCAAUUUGUGUACAGCAAUGUCCCACAAAUAGGCACGGAACGAGUGACCAAUUUUAUUUGGGGGAUUGUUGGCCGAAACACCGAAAGAAACUCCCUUCUCUUUUCCAAUACUGCCAUGGGAGUUUCACAUCCACCUGAACAGGCAGAUGGGAACUCGGUUUUAGUCUCAUUGAAGGAAGACCCUGAGAAUGCAACACAGCUGUAAUGGAGUGUCACCUUAGACUAUGUGAUUCCAAGUCCUGAUGUGAAGCUUAAACCCACAACCUUCUGAUUCAGAAGUGAGAGCGCUACCACUGAGCCAUUAUGUUUCAUUAAGUGUUUAGAAUAUUCCUAUCUAUGCUUAUCCUUUGAACCGUAAGUCAAGUACUAUAUUUAUCCAGCCCUUUGAAAGAGUUUAGUUUGACAACGCAAGGUUCAAGGCAAAAGAAUAUUAAAACAUAUUUGCAGUUUACCUAUACAAAGGUAUAGCUCACCUCUGCCUAUCCUUGAACUCCACAAUAUUUAACCCAAUGGUAUACCAGAUAAAAUUGAAUUAAAUAUUAUGCAAGUGAAACAUUUUGUUAUUUUAAUGACUUCUUUUCUGACAUAAUUUUGAUUGCAUUUGGGACAGGUGGAAUUUGAAAGAAGGGACUUUUUUAAUCUUGUCCUUCAGGAAAGUUGUGCUUUUCAAAAUAUGUUCUAACAUUGCAAAGAAAAAACUCACCAUUUCUGUGAAAUUUCUGGUAAAUUUAAGAUACUUUGAGAACCACAAAACAAGUAAUCACCCCCAUUGAUUUGUAUAGUUUGAGGGAAUAGCUUGUCAGUACACAAUCUACUAGGUCUAUUAUAGGAUCGGCGUCAGGCUCUGCCGCUGUUAAGUGCUCUUGAGAUGCUGCCCCGCGUGAAGGGCGGUAUAUAAGUACAAGUUGUUGUAGGGAGAAGGUGCUCAAUGCUUGAUUUUCAGAAGUGGGAUUUAGGAUUGUAGUUGUUCAUGAAACAGUUAACAGCCCAAAGCCUAUUCUAUGUGAUAAUGUAAAAUUAUACUUAAACAAUGUUACUAAAUUAUUUCUCACCAACAGUAACAAGGAACUUUUUGUUAAUUGUUUUCUUGACUAAAGUAUUUGUUUAUGAAACAAAUGAGAGCAGGAAUUUGGCUGAAUUUCAGGAAUUAUACAAAUGGCUACAUCAUUCAAAGUUGUGUGAUUUUAUGUGACAAUGUUAUGAGAUCAAAGUUCUGUAUUUGCACGAAAUUUUGUCAUUCUCACUUGCAACUACCCACGAGAAAAAGCAUUCAAGAAAAAACAUUCUUUGUGUAUGAAGCAGAAUAACUAUUUUAGUUAGCACUGGCUUGGUUUGUAACCAUGGUGGAAUCUAUUGUGUCUAAUAGUGUGGGAUCAUCAAAUAAAUUUUGAAGAAUCAAAA